AUGAUUAGUGAACGAGUGUGGUGGCCAAGCACGCUUCUCAGCAGCUUCUCUGACGAGUGUGUCUGCGCUCUUGGUCAGUAUGAGGAAAGCUGCAGCAAGGAGUGGCGCUGUGGGCCGUCUCAGCCGUGUGACCACGUGAGCGGGGAGUGUUCGUGUCCGCCAGGUCGCGAGGGACAGCAGUGCCACCAGUACUGUGCCGAGGGGCGGUGGGGCGAAGGAUGUCGCCAGCAGUGCAAAUGUGCAGGAUCAUCCCUGUGCGACCCGAUGAGUGGGGAGUGUUUCUGUUCCGCGGGACUCAAGGGCAGGAAGUGCCGCAGGGAAUGUCCGAGGGGCAGGUACGGCGUCGACUGUAAGCAGAAAUGUCAGUGUAAAAAUGGUGGGACGUGUGACUGCGUGACUGGCCAGUGUGAGUGUCGCGACAACUACUACGGCGCCACCUGCUCCCUCACUUGUCCCUCCGCCACUUACGGGCCAGGAUGUAAUCAGACGUGCGAAUGUGAGCAUGGCGGGGUGUGUGAUGCGACAGGGGCGUGCAACUGCCCAGCAGGGUACAGUGGCACGCUUUGCGAGAUCUCCUGCCAGCCCGGUACUUGGGGCCACCGCUGCAGCUCUCAGUGUCGCUGUAAAAACGACGCUGUCUGCCAUCCAGGUGAUGCCUCAUCCUGUUCAGGUCUACUGUAUAUACGGCACCGAGAUAUCUCUUAAUUUACUCAUCUAUCGUUGUUUUCUAGUUCCUUAUGAUUUUUCGGUAAAACAUUCGGCAUUUAUACAUUUCUG